AAAGCUCUAUCUCAUUCCUCUCUCUCUCUCUCUCUCUCUCUCUAAGAGAGAAGCAGACAUGCCGGCCGUCGGAGGAAUCGCCACUGGCGGGAAGGAGUACCCGGGGAACCUCACCCCCUUCGUGACGGUGACGUGCGUCGUCGCCGCCAUGGGCGGUCUCAUCUUCGGCUACGACAUCGGAAUCUCCGGUGGGGUCACGACGAUGGAUUCGUUCCUGAGGAAGUUCUUCCCGUCGGUGUACAGGAAGAAGAUGGCGGACACGACGACCAACCAGUACUGCAAGUACGACAGCCAGAAGCUGACCAUGUUCACGUCGUCGCUGUACCUGGCCGCGCUCGUGGCGUCCAUCGUGGCGUCCACCGUGACCCGCAAGUUCGGGCGGAGGCCGUCGAUGCUGUUCGGCGGGAUCCUGUUCUGCGCCGGCGCCAUCAUCAACGGGGCCGCCAAGGCCGUCUGGAUGCUCAUCCUCGGCCGCAUGUUGCUCGGUUUCGGCAUCGGGUUCGCUAAUCAGUCUGUGCCACUGUACCUCUCUGAGAUGGCCCCAUACAAGUACAGAGGAGCACUGAACAUUGGGUUCCAGUUAUCGAUCACGAUUGGCAUUUUGGUGGCCAACAUCUUAAAUUACUUCUUCGCCAAGAUCAAGGGCGGAUGGGGGUGGCGGCUCAGCCUCGGCGGUGCCAUGGUCCCGGCCCUCAUCAUCACCAUCGGCGCCCUCGUCCUCCCCGACACCCCCAACUCAAUGAUCGAGCGGGGCCAGAGCCACGAGGCCCGCGAGAAGCUGAGGAGGAUCCGGGGCAUCGAUGAUGUCGAGGAGGAGUUCCAGGACCUUGUCGCGGCGAGCGAGGAGUCGAAGAAGGUCGAGAACCCGUGGCGGAACCUGCUGCAGCGCAAGUACCGGCCGCACCUGACCAUGGCUGUCCUGAUCCCCUUCUUCCAGCAGUUCACCGGCAUCAACGUGAUCAUGUUCUAUGCGCCCGUCCUGUUCGAGACUAUCGGGUUCAAGAGCGAUGCGUCUCUGAUGUCCUCCGUGAUCACCGGUUGCGUCAAUGUCGCCGCGACGCUGGUCUCGAUAUAUGGCGUCGAUAAGUGGGGAAGGAGGUUCCUCUUCCUUGAGGGAGGGACCCAAAUGUUGAUUUGCCAGGUGGUUGUGACGGCGGCCAUCGGAGCUAAAUUCGGAGUGGACGGGACCCCAGGGGAUUUGCCCAAGUGGUACGCUAUUGUCGUCGUCCUCUUCAUCUGCAUCUAUGUUGCCGGAUUCGCCUGGUCCUGGGGGCCGCUCGGCUGGCUCGUGCCCAGUGAGAUCUUCCCGCUCGAAAUCCGCUCUGCCGCCCAGAGUAUCAAUGUGUCGGUCAAUAUGAUCUUCACGUUCUUGAUCGCCCAGGUGUUCUUGAACAUGCUCUGCCACUUGAAGUUCGGCCUGUUCCUCUUCUUCGCCUUCUUCGUGCUCGUGAUGUCUGUGUUCAUAUACUUCUUCCUCCCCGAGACGAAGGGCAUUCCCAUCGAGGAGAUGGGCCAAGUGUGGAAGACGCACUGGUACUGGUCGAGGUACGUUGCCGAGGAGGACUUCCAGUACCCAGGCUUCGAGAUGGGAAAGAAUGGCCCGGCGGUGAAAGAAGUCUAGCUGAAACCGGAGGACUUAUAAAGUCCAAUUAAACUAUUUUAGCUCCUUCUUGAUAGAAGUACAUAUCGUCAAACCGACAUUGGCUCAAUUGAUCUUACGAGUUUCAAAUGUGUUCAAGGUGUGUCCCCGUCGUCGAGCUUCUGACGCGAAACAGUUCGGUAUAUCGCGUGAAAUUAGUGAAAUUGAAGUUCAUGAAUUUGAGAUUUGCCA